CGGGACUGCGUUGCUGAGCCGGGGGAGCCGCUCGCGGCGGAGCGACCCUGCCUCUCGGGAGCCACCGCUGCUGAAACUGACCGGCCCUCCGGCUUCUGCCUCCCCAGCAGCAGCUCAACAUUCUGCCCUUUGAAGGAUUUUUCUUUCCUUUUUGUUGGCAAAGAUGAGGAAAAAAUGGAGAUUGGAGGACUUUCGAUUUAUCUUUUCCUGUGUGCUCUGGCUCCUUUUCAUAGAAGGAGGUAAACCGGAACAAGUAAAACAUUCAGAGACAUACUGUGUGUUUCAAGAUAAGAAGUACCGGGUAGGAGAAAGAUGGCAUCCCUAUCUGGAACCCCAUGGACUCGUUUACUGUGUUAACUGUCUUUGCUCAGAGAAUGGGAACGUAUUAUGCAGCAGAAUAAGAUGCCCAAGCCUUCAUUGCCCUACCCCAGUGCAUGUGCCACAGCUGUGCUGCCCCCGGUGCCCAGAGGACUCACUUUUCUCUAUCAGCAGUAAAAUCACUGGGAAAUCCUGUGAAUACAAUGGCACCACCUACCAGCAUGGGGAAAUGUUUGUGGCAGAAGGGCUUUUUCAGAAUAGACAACCUAACCAGUGCGCUCAGUGUAGCUGCUCAGAAGGGAAUGUGUAUUGUGGCCUGAAGACUUGCCCUAAAUUAGCCUGCUCUUUCCCAGUUUCUGUUCCGGAGUCCUGCUGCCCGGUUUGCAGAGGAGAUGGAGAAUUAUCCUGGGAACAUUCUGAUAGGGAUAUUUUCCGGCAACCGGCCAACAGAGAAGCUAGGCAUUCAUUCCAUCGCUCCCAGUACGAUCCAGCACCCAGCUCCACUAGACAGCUGGUCAACAUUCCACGAAUUUCCAGUGGCAGGAGUAAUCGUGGCGUCCUGCCUGACCCCCAGCAAGCCUCAGGAACUAUAGUGCAGAUCGUCAUUAACAACAAGCAUAAACAUGGACGAGUCUGUGUUUCAAAUGGAAAAACUUACUCACAUGGUGAAUCGUGGCAUCCUUAUCUCCGGGCCUAUGGAAUUGUAGAGUGUGUGUUGUGUACAUGUAACAUCACCAAACAAGAAUGUAAGAAAAUUCAUUGCCCAGAUCAAUACCCCUGCAAAUACCCUCAAAAAAUAGAAGGAAAAUGCUGUAAAGUCUGUCCAGAAGAGAUGCCAAGUCAGAGCUUUGACAGCAAAGAUUACUUUUGUGGUGAAGAGAUGCUUCCUGUCUAUGAAUCUGUUUUCACGGAGGUCGGAGAAACCAUUAGAAAAAUUGCUAUGGAAACAGAAAAGCCACCUCAAAUAGAAAUACAUGUGUGGACAAUUAGGAAAGGGAUUCUACAUCACUUCCACACUGAGAAGAUAUCCAAAAGUGAAUUUGAAGAACUUCCUUACUUCAAGCAGAUAACAAGAACAACUCUGAGCCAGUGGAAAAUAUUUAGCGAGGGAGAAACUCAGCUCAGCCAAAUGUGUGAAAGCAGAGCGUGCAGGACUGAGCUGGAGGAUUUGGUAAAGGUUUUGUACCUCGAAAAGUCUGAAAAGGGUCACUGUUAAAGGAGACAGCAAUGGAGGGAGAAAACAAGAAAACUUAUGAAAACUUGGAUCUGCAGCUGGACUGCAGGCUUAUUUUGCUUAAGUCAACAGUUGCCCUAAAAACCAAAACUAUAAUGCAGUAAUUAUUCACAUCAUGCACAGCAAACUUGCUGCUUUAUGUGUAGUGGUCUGUGUCAAACAUUUAAAUAUCUCCUCAAAAAGACUAGGAGGCUCUGUAUUACUGGUGGGGGAAGGGAAAGGGAGACUGUAGUUUCUUGUAAAGUUGCAUAUCUUUACAGGGUAAAAAGGAAAAACAGAUUUUUUUUUUAAACUUGGCAAAUGAUUGAAACUAAUGAAAUGAAGGACACCUAAUAACUGUGCAGGAGCUAUGGAGAAUAUUAUUUCCUGUACUGAGUUUAUACCACUUUGGGUGUUGAAAUGCCUGUUUUUCUAGUAAGGAGAAAAAACACAAGUGACACAAUACUUGUGUUUGAGCCAUAAAAUCCAGAUUUAAAUGAAAACUCCCAACCAGCCUACUGCUUUGGGAUGAUGCCUUGCAGUUGAACAAACUCUGAGUACAUAAACAGACCAGAAGGUGUUAGUAGGAAUUAAUGCAUUUAUGUAGCAAUUUGAGAAACUGUUUAACUUUUAAGUGGUUUUCACUAGGUUUCCAUUAUCCACUUCUCUACAUGAAGUACGAAAUGUCAGCUCCUCAUGUUGCCCCAUACUGCAUUCUCAUGGGCCCUGUUAACAUGUAGCCUUGGUCAAUAAGCUGCCUUUACAAAGUAACAUCACAGGAGAAUGCAGAAUACUAGAUCAUUUAUGAAAAUUCCUAUAGGGUUAAACCCAGGGCGAUUAAUAAUUUGUUAAAUAUCUUUUGAUAUCACUUAAUUUAUUAAUUGUAAUUGUUGCAAUAAGAGGGUUCUGAGGGCCUCUCAGGUCCCAGCAAACUAAUAAGCGUAACUUUGAGGGCAAAUCUCUCCAAUGGCAAAAUUAUGAGCACUUAUGUCAAGCCACUCAAUGCAGCACCAACAAGACCAUUAUCUUUAUGCAAAAAGAAAAUUAAGGCACUCCGUGUGGUUUGCAGUUCACAGGUGAACCUUAGCAUCUGACCAGUGUCUGCCUUCAGAAAAGAGUUCUGUUCUGAUACACAAGGCCAUUACUUUGAAAACAUGGCUUUGUCUGAGGAAAUUCACUCCUGAGAAGCAACUGACAGUGACUGCUUUCCCGCCAUUUCCAUUCCAGAAGCACCCGGGGACACUGCUGUUCAAACACAAUAGGAAAUGAAGUUCUAAAGAAGAGGCCUCAGGCGAGGCACUUGGUCCUCACAGGGAGUGACAUAAAUGACAGUAGCUAGAAUUUGAAGAUCCCCAUGGGACUUUGCAAAUCUUACGCUCUUUGCUCUGCCCUGUGUUUCCAGUGAUGGCAUUCUAGGUCUUCAUCUGGGGUAUGUGCAUUUUAAUAAAGAGGUUAGAGGUCCUGGAUGUUCAGUGCUUAAUGCCAGUAGCCCAACUCUGGCUCCAACAGCAGAAGAAAUAUUAAACUUUUUAGCAGUGCCUUGUUCACAGUCAUGAUUUCUUUGCACCUUUUUCUGAUAGCAGCUGUGGUCCUAAGAGGCAACCCUCUUUUACCGCUUUUUCAGCGGUGCAGGAUCAAUCCCUGCCAGGGUUUCUUGCAACAGCCAGUAGCAGUGUAUUGAAAAGGUCAUCUGUACUAAGAACAAGGAGGGAAUGAGAGGGGACUGAGGUGAAUAUGAUAGGGAGGAAGAGGGAGACUAAGUGAGGAUAUGAGAGUGAGAAGAAAACCCAGAAUUUCCUACACAGAAAAUCUUCAUGGUUCUGCCUGCAAAGACCAAAAUAUCCCCCAUGCCAGGAUAGGGAACAGAUUUUUUUAGUGCAUUUCCUUCCCUGUCAGUGCCCCAAAUGGCCUAAAAUUCAUAACAGUGUGGCAGAAGAGGGCUCCUUGAGCAGCCAGUUUGAAUGGCAAGAACAAAAUAAUCCUUGUAAUAUCAGUAAAAUCAUUUAGAAAUCAGACAAGGUUCUGACACCAUGAUAUAAAUGCACAGUCCUAUAAAUGAUCUGAUAAGAGUAAAAGUUAACUUCAGUGUCCUGGCCAAAUUCGGUAAUGAGUCUUAGGCCCCUUAAAUUCUCUUUUGUGUUUAAAAUGGGUGCUGUGUUAACAUCCUAUCCAAAACUGCAUGUAGUGCUCCAGUGAACUAUUAAACAGCUGUGUGUUCCACAUCAGAAGUGAGUGCCGUGCAGGGUAGCAGUGGGAGCAGCUAUUUGUAAAACACUGCAAUCCUUUGGGUUGGAAGGGACUGCAGAAAUGAAAAAUUUAAAUUAUCAAUCCACUAAUAAGGCAUGCAUUAACACAAACAUAUCUCUGAUGAGGACACAGUGGAAGGCAUUCUCAGGAGUCAUAUUAUUCUGGUAAGCAGACAAACACCUGGCUAUGUAUGGCUCACCUUUCGGCACAGUAUGUCUGUAGCAGUAGCUGAUUGAAUGAAGAUUAUGUGGGAAGUGUACAGCAUUUGUAUUUUUUUGGGGAAGACAAACAGUCUUGUGUUUGUGACAGAACAAGUGGGGUUUAAAUUGUGUAUUUAUUUGUAUAAUAAACACUUUAUGAAAAACAAAAAAUAUAAGCGCCAUUUAGUAAAUGAAGUUUUGCAUUUUUACAGUCUCUGGUCACUUAAGACAAUAAAAUACACAAUAUCAUGUUUUUCACUGUCUUCCCAGGACAUGGGCCUGAUGUGGUACUUAUUUAUGUACUUGCUCUAUCACUUUGAUCUGGUUUUAUACAUUAAUAAACUGCAGUUGUUCAAAACAAUAAGUUCUCUCAGUGAUGUGGCAUGUGAA